AUGAGCCUCAACCCCGCCCUCCAGGCGGCCAUCGACCUCACAUCGGGGGCGCUCGGGGGCACCGCGUGUGUGCUGACCGGGCAGCCCUUCGACACGGUGAAGGUGAAGAUGCAGACGUUCCCCGGCCUGUACCGGGGCUUCGCCGACUGCUGGCGCCAGACCUACGCGCAGGUGGGCCUGCGCGGCUUCUACCGCGGCACCGGGCCCGCGCUCAUGGCCUACGUGGCCGAGAACUCGGUCCUCUUCAUGUGCUACGGCUUCUGCCAGCAGCUGGUGAAGGCGGUGGCGGGGCUGGACAGGCAGGACAAGCUGAGCGACCUGCAGCGGGCGACCGCCGGCUCCAUGGCGUCUGCCUUCGCCGCGCUGGCCCUGUGCCCCACGGAGCUGGUCAAGUGCCGGCUGCAGGCCAUGCACGAGAUGGAGAAGUCGGGCAAGAUCAACCAGAGCCACAACACCGUGUGGUCCGUGGUGCAGGGCAUCCUUAGGAAGGACGGCCCCUUGGGCUUCUUUCACGGCUUCUCCAGCACCCUCCUGCAAGAAGUGCCAGGCUACUUCUUCUUCUUCGGCGGCUACGAAGUGACCCGAACGCUUUUGGCCUCGGGGAGAUCCAAAGACGAACUAGGCCCUGCCCAUUUGAUGUUAAGUGGCGGGAUUGCCGGCAUUUGCCUCUGGCUUGUCGUGUUCCCGGUGGACUGCAUCAAAUCCAGAAUUCAGGUCCUUUCCAUGCAUGGGAAACAGGCAGGGUUUGUCGGAACUCUUGUUACUAUUGUUCAAAGUGAGGGGGUAGCGGCCUUGUAUUCUGGACUGUCGGCUACUAUGAUUCGAGCGUUACCUGCCAAUGGGUCACUGUUUUUGGUUUAUGAAUACAGCAGGAAGACGCUGAUGAGACAGGUGGAAGCAUAUUGA